AAUGCUUAUCCUCUCUCUUUCUUUCUCUCCCUUAGCCAUUACACCUCUCCCCCAUUAAAUGCUAUUGCAUCCUCUCUACCCGCUCUGCAAUAACUCCUCGCUGCUACUUUUUCCUUCUUCUGUUCCCCUUUUCUCCUCCCCUUUGAUUCUUCAUUUUCUUCUUCUUCUUCUUCUUCAAUUUUUCUUGUCUCUUUCAUCUUCUUACCUACUACUUGCCAUAAAAGCUCUUGCCAAAGCUUCACAGUAAACGCACUUAAGGACCCCCCUCUAGAUUAGUGGUUUAUCUAUUCACAAGAUAGUGCUAAAGCAAGAAAAGAGACGGCCAAGGAAAAGUUGGAUUCUUGAGGAUCUCAGUUGGGCGUUACAUAUAAGAUUUAUAUGUAUUAGCAUCUGGGGCUGGUUUUGCCGGAUUUUGUCAACUCUUUUUUAUAUUUUUUACGUAAGAACAAGGUAGAACCGAGAUAGAGAGAGAGAGAGAGAGUCAUUUCAACUUUAUAACCGAAAAUCAAAGUCAGCUCUGCCCGCCAGAGAAUCUAUGGGAUUCCUGCUCUCUCUAAUCUCUAUAUAAAGGAAAACUCCAAACCCAACACCACUUCCUAGACUGAGAAGUAAGAAACUGGUGCGUUUUUCUUGUGUUCAGCUUUUUUAGGGUUUUGUGAAAUAUGCUAGCCGGAGUAAUGAUUCCGGCAAGAAACAUGCCGUCGAUGAUUGAGACACAUGGGAAUAUUAGUGGGUUUGGGUCAUCUUCUGGGAUUACCCUUGGCCAGCCAAAUAUGAUGGAAGGACAGCUUCAUCAUCUGGAUAUGACUCAAAACACCUCGGAAAGCGAUUUCGCUCGAAUCAGGGAUGAUGAACUUGACAGUAUUAAUACUACAUCCGAAAACCAUGACGGUGGCUCCGGCGAUGAUCAAGGUCCACGGUCCAAAAAGAAGCGAUAUCAUCGCCAUACUCAACAUCAGAUCCAAGAAAUGGAAGCUUUCUUCAAAGAGUGUCCACACCCAGAUGACAAACAAAGGAAGGAGCUUGGCCGUGAAUUAGGGUUAGAACCAUUGCAGAUCAAGUUUUGGUUCCAAAACAAACGCACCCAAAUGAAGACCCAGCAUGAGCGCCAAGAAAAUAAUCGGCUUCGAUCUGAGAACGAAAAGUUUAAGGCUGAUAAUAUGAGGUACAGAGAAGCUCUUGCCAAUGCUUCAUGUCCUACUUGUGGAGGUCCUACUGCAAUUGGUGAGAUGUCCUUUGAUGAACAUCAUUUGAGACUUGAAAAUGCCAGAUUAAGAGAAGAGAUUGAUCGCAUUUCAGCCAUUGCUGCCAAAUAUGUUGGUAAGCCAGCAGUUAACUAUCCUCUUCUAUCUUCUCCACUGCCUCCACGUUCACUGGAACUUGGUGUCGGGAAUUUCGGAGCGCUGACAGAGAUUGGAGGAGAGAUGUAUGGAGUUGGAGACUUACUAAGGUCUAUAGGUGCACAUAGUGACAUUGAUAAACCCAUGAUUGUAGAGCUUGCAGUUGCAGCCAUGGAAGAACUUUUUAGAAUGGCUCAGAUGGGUGACCCAUUAUGGAUGAGCAGCCUUGAUGGAACAGAUGAUGUCUUAAACGAAGAUGAAUACAUUAGGAUCUUCCCUCGGGGAAUUGGACCGAGACCGAUUGGUUUCAAGUGCGAGGCUUCUAGGGAAACUGCUAUUGUUAUGAUGGAUUAUCGCAACCUUGUCGAGUGUCUCAUGGAUGUGAAUCAGUGGUCUACUGUGUUUUCCGGCAUCGUUUCAAGAGCUAUGACUGUGGAAGUUCUAUCAACAGGAGUAGCAGGAAACUGUAAUGGAGCCUUGCAAGUGAUGACGGCUGAAUUUCAACUUCCAACUCCACUUGUUCCCACCAGAGAGAGUUACUUUGUAAGGUACUGUAAGCAACAUGCAGAAGGGACAUGGGCUGUGGUUGAUGUUGCCUUGGACCACAUACCCACUAGUGCCGGAGUAAGAUGCCGGAGAAGGCCAUCUGGUUGCCUAAUUCAAGAAAUGUCCAGUGGCUACUCAAAGGUUACAUGGGUUGAACAUGUGGAAGUUGAUGAUAGAGAUGUUCAUAGUCUAUACAAGCAGCUAGUUAGCUCAGGCCAUGCAUUUGGAGCAAAACGUUGGGUUGCUACACUAAAUAGGCAAUGUGAACGUCUGGCUAGUUCCAUGGCAACAAACAUCCCUACCGGAGACAUUGGUGUGAUAACAAGUGAAGAAGGUAGAAAGAGUAUGCUGAAGCUGGCAGAAAGAAUGGCGAAAAGUUUUUGCAGUGGAGUGAGUGCAUCAACUGCUCAUACGUGGACUACACUAUCUGGAACUGGAGCUGAUGAUGUGAGAGUCAUGACUCGUAAGAGUAUAGAUGAUCUUGGUAGGCCUCCUGGGAUUGUGCUAAGUGCUGCAACUUCCUUCUGGCUUCCCAUUCCUCCUAAAAGGGUUUUUGAUUUUCUACGUGAUGAGAACUCUCGAAGUCAGUGGGAUAUUCUAUCAAAUGGUGGAGUCGUCCAAGAAAUGGCACAUAUUGCUAAUGGCAGGGAUACUGGCAAUUGUGUGUCUCUUCUUCGAGUAAAUAGUGCGAACUCGAGCCAGAGCAACAUGCUGAUAUUACAAGAGAGUUGUACUGAUCCGACAGCUUCUUUUGUUAUAUAUGCACCUGUUGAUGUCGUUUCGAUGAAUGUAGUACUUAAUGGUGGAGAUCCAGAUUAUGUGGCUCUUCUUCCUUCAGGAUUUGCUAUUCUUCCUGAUGGAACCACCACCAACACUGUGCAUGGAGGAGGCAUUGGCGAAUUCAAUUGCGCUAGUGGAUCUCUUCUAACUGUUGCAUUUCAGAUUUUAGUUGAUUCAGUUCCUACGGCCAAACUGUCUCUUGGGUCGAUCGCAACCGUGAACAAUCUCAUUGCUUGCAGUGUUGAGAGGAUUAAGGCAGCUUUAUCGGGCGAGAGCGUCUAAAUUUUGUUAACUAAUAGAGAAGGCAUAAAGACAAGAAAUGUGAGAAGACAGUAGGUCAUUUGGAGUCAUAGAAGAUGGAAGGAAAGAAGUCAAGAGCGCACCUUGCAUGGUCCUUUACAUGGUUUUUGUUAAAGGAAACAGGCAAAGCAUGUGACGAGGAUUUAGAGGUUCGGGUAUUGACUUCUUCAAAAACCAAAUGUUUAAAGCUUUUAUAAGAACCUGUUAGAAAGUUGAUACUAUCUUAGUUUUCCCAACUUUUAACAUUGUAGCUUUUGCUGUUAGCUAGGGUUUUGUUGCAAGUGUUUGCCUAUUUUAUUAUGGUUUGUGUUUUUGAAGCAUAUCAGAGUCGGUGAAAGUAGCUUACCAUCUUUACUGGUAAACAUUAGUUUCCUUUUUUCCCGUGGUAAGAGCUUUUGAAAUGGAAUGCUAAUGGAUGCUCAGUAGUUGCUUUUUUUUUUU